CUGGCCACACUGUGCGUACAGCUGACAAGCGACGCGUUUAAUUUUCCAUACUUUUGUCGAAAAAAAAAAAAGAAACAUUGAAUUUGCUUGGAAAUAAUAAUGUCAAAAGCAACCUUAAAGCAGUACCGCAACACUUGCCGUGUUUGUGGCAAGUACGCGAGCAUAAAAAGAUCACCAAAAUUGUUUGACUGGAACAAUACCAAACUUAUUGACAACAUUGAGACGCUCACGGGAAUUAGGCUGGAGAACUAUAGCUGCCUUCCGGAUCUUAUAUGUGAAUGCUGCAAUAUCGAAUUGGCUGGAGCCAUUAAGCUGCGGGAACGAUGCAUUUUGGCGCAAAGAGAAUUGUUGAUGGGGCUUUCACAAGAGCAGUGCGAAACCAUUUCUCCACAGUACAGGGCCACCAUUUUGGGUGGAGUAUUGGAUGACGAGACGUCUCAGCUUCAGGAACAGCAGCUAGAAGACGAGGAAAAAUGCGAAGAGGAAGAGCUGGAUCACAAUGAAAUCAUUCUGAAAGAAGAAGUUGUCGAUGUGAAGAUAAUUGAUAAAGAUGAGUUCGAUAAUGAGUUUCUGGAGGUGAACGAAGUUGGCGACAUAAUCGAAGGAGAUAUGAGCGUUGUGACCACCGAAGAAAUUAUCCAGGAUCCCGAAGACGAUGCAAAUUCAAUAAUUGAAGAGGCGGAGUACGAAUAUAUGACGGCCGACGAAUUGGAUGUAGCUGAGACGGAGGCUUCAGUGGAUCAAAUCAUUGUCGCCGAUUCUACGGAUGCAUAUGUCUACGAUUCGGACGAUGAAGUUGCCGUAUUGGAUAAUGUCUUGGACGACGAGUAUGAACAUGAAAACAGUGUGGUGAAGAAGUCUAGUUUACCGCCUAAGCCUAAAAUUAAGCCUGACGAUCCGCGAAGAAGAGGCGCUGGAGGAUUAUAUAUAUGCGACCAAUGCGGAAACCAUGUCAAGGGUCGAAUGGCCUUCGAACUGCAUUGUCGUCGGCAUCGUGGUGACAAGCAAUUUGCAUGCGAGAUCUGUGCGAAUCGUUUUUGUACCACAUCGGAACUAAAACGUCAUAUGCGCAAGCACACUGGAGAGCGACCAUUUGCCUGUCAGUACUGUGGACGAUGCUUCACCGACUACACCACUCGCGUUAAGCACGAAAGAACCCACACCAAUGAACGACCUUAUGCUUGUGGAACGUGCGGCAAAGCAUUCACAACAGGAUACAUACUAAAGAACCACAUGCUCAUACAUUCCGGCGAGCGAGCGUAUAGAUGCGAGUUGUGUGACAAGUCCUUUAUGUUGCCAACCCAUCUUAGCACUCAUUUCCGCUCAGGAGUUCAUAAGCGUCAUGUAGAAAAGGCUGAAAUGGAGCAAAAACUGGAACUUAAAAUGGAAAUGGAUGACGACCAUUUACAGAUUCAAGAUUAAUUGAACUAAGAAUAAAAAGGAAAAUACAAGAGUUAAUGAUAAGAUUAAUUUAAAAUAUGCAAACAAUACAAAAUUCUUCCAUGAGUGCAAAAAACCAAACAUAAAUGGCACGAAUAUAAACGACAAAAAAUGUGAAUGCACGUUCGGAAAAUAAUUAUUUAGCAUAUAGUAAUAUUAAUUGUGCAAAAUAAAAAUAAUUAUACAUAUAUACA